UUUUAUUUAGUUUAGCUAUGGAUCUUUUACCACGGAUCUAUUACAAAAUGUGUGCAUAAAACCUAAUUCCGUGUGAUGUAUAACGUUUACAUCUGAAAGUUUGUAGGCAGAGGGUCAGUUUAGGACAGAAGAUGCUCCCCCUCGUUCAGGAAAAUCACUACCCACUGCUAACAACGAAGGUGCAAGAAGGAAGACUUCAACGAUGUGUGCAGCCUGAAGGACCACUUAGUUGCUCCUCGGUUUGGAGACCAUGGACAGCUUUCAGAGAAACUGAAUCGCCCCAGGAAAAAUUUAACUCAGUGACAACGGUGACAAAAACUAUACCCAAGGUUGCCAAUGGAUUCCAGCACCCAGUCAGGCUCUACAUGCCCAAAUCCAGGACUAAUGAAUAUAUGUCACAUUUAGGGAAGAAGGUCCUGGCCAGUUUCCCUGUCCAAGCCACUCUUCAUUUCUACAAUGAUGACUCCAGUUCUGAGGAAGAAGAUGAAGACAUAGAAGAGCACCAAACGUAUUUGCAUGGACUGGACCGUAGGAUACACCCAUCUCAUCCCCUUAGUUCAGAAAGAUAGCUGUGAAGCCUGGCUGAUUUGGUUACAAGAAGUAUGGACUGGUGGAUGGAGCUUUGAAGGGGCUUUGCCCAAGUCAUACAUGUGGCUCUUCUGAAGUAAUCAUGUUUACUACUGGACAAUGCCAACAAACCUUUAACCUGGAUCUAUGGCCACUUCUCCCCAACAAUGCCCUGAGUUGGACACGGUCUUGAGAACCUACAUCGCUUUGUUCACCUUUUAUGUCUUAACAACUUCCUUUUUUAACUGUAUAUCAAGCAUGAUAUGCACUUUGUUAAGUUCUACACUAUCCUAUUUCAGUGGGUGUUUUUAAUGGGGAAAGAAUUGUAAUUUAUUUAAGUCAGUGGGUGCAUCUUCAAAUGUAACAAUAUUACAACA